AUGACAGUGCGUCGUGUCUCUGCGGGAUUCGGCAAUGGUUAUGUGGGUUAUGAUGCAAAGGAAGGCGCGAUCGUUGUGGCGUUUGCCGGUACGGAUUCGAGCAGCAUCGAAAACUGGAUAUCUAAUUUGGAUGCUUUCAAGACAGACUACACUGAUUGUGAGGUCCACGACGGAUUCAUGAGCAGUUACGCAGGAAUCUCUGCUGAUGUAAGACUUUUCGUUGGCGAGCUGCUGGCGACGCACGUCGAUGCACCCAUUUGGAUAGCUGACUUGAUGAGUCUUGGGCAUAAUGUACAGCGAGUAAUGACAUUUGGCCAGCCUCGCGUGGGCAAUGACCAGUCAUGGGCUUCGAGCACAGUCCCUUCGAAGUAUUUUACACAGAAGCAAUGACAUCAUAUGUCAUUUGUGAUGCCUCUGGUGAGGAUGCUUCUUGCUCAAAUCAAUUUCCGCUAUCAACUGAGGUUGUGGAUCAUGGAACCUA